AUGUUCCGAACAGCAGUACGGCGGGCGGCUGAGCCCAAGAUCCCCUUCAACAUCUAUACGAAUCCGUACCGAGCGACGCGAUUAUGGCCGCCCGAUUUCAGCAAGAUAGACAAGAAACAGCAGUUUCGGCUGGAGAGGAAAUACAAGCGGAGGGCGAAGCUGAAGUGGGCUCGUCCGAGGUGGACGAAGUUUGUCAAGGUUGCGCAGCUGAGCUCGAUAGUUUUCAUCACGGUUUAUGCAGUACUUUUUCUAGAUUGGAACGCGCAGAGUAAUCCGGAGCAUAAGCCUUUUGAAGGGAUUCGAUCCUGGUUCUUUGGGUUGACGGGCUCGAUGUGGACUAAGGAUCAGGUGAGGAGGAAGUCAGAGCCGGAAGUUGCUCCUCCUGAAGCCGUUUCGUCGAGUGCUCCGUCUACCGUGGUCAGAUAG